AUGACUGAUCCCUUGAGAGUAUAUCGGGCGGAUUGGACUCCGGCGGCUGGGAUAUCUGCUUUCAGGAGACCACCGAUCAACGUACACAACUUCAACGGCGAUCGCGUGAUUGUGGCUCAUUUCCUAGUGAGUAAAGCUCAUCGCUGGGCUCCAGUCUCCCGGCUGCUAUUCGAUCCUUCUGGUUACCUGCUCUUUACCGCUUGCACUCAGGGGCACGCCUUCAAUAUCUUCCGCAUAUCCAACCACCCUUACGAUUCCAGACAGACUGCUGUGCAUCAUCUAUACAUCCUGGACCGGGGUACUACUCCCUGCAAGGUAGUUUAA